GACACAAGUUAUCAGGGAGGAAGCCGAAGGGCCAGACCGACUUCUCCUCUUUUUUUUCCGCUCUGACCGCAGCCCCUUCAUCCUUCCUGUAUGGUGGAUAUUAUUUUCAGCUCUUCUUUCUUGGGUGAUAUGGGGGAUCAUUCCAAAAAGAAGCCAGGAUUCGCCAUGUGUGUGGGAUGUGGAAGUCAGAUCCAUGACCAGUAUAUUCUGCGGGUCUCCCCGGACCUGGAGUGGCACGCCGCCUGCCUCAAGUGCGCCGAGUGCAGCCAGUACCUGGACGAGACCUGCACUUGCUUCGUCCGGGACGGAAAGACCUAUUGCAAAAGAGACUAUGUAAGGCUGUUUGGAAUAAAGUGCGCAAAAUGCAAUUUGGGGUUCAGCAGCAGCGAUUUGGUGAUGCGAGCCCGGGAUAACGUCUACCACAUCGAGUGCUUUCGGUGCUCGGUGUGUAGCCGGCAGCUUCUGCCGGGAGACGAGUUCUCGCUGCGGGAGGACGAGCUUCUGUGCCGGGCGGACCACAGCCUGCUGCUGGAGCGAGGCUCCGCCGGGAGCCCCAUCAGCCCCGGACACAUCCACAACAACAGACCGCUGCACCUGGCAGACCCGGUGGCGGUGCGGCAGGCCCCGCAUCGGAACCACGUCCACAAGCAGUCGGAGAAGACCACGCGGGUCCGGACGGUGCUGAACGAGAAGCAGCUGCACACGCUGCGGACCUGCUACAACGCCAACCCGAGGCCGGACGCGCUGAUGAAGGAGCAGCUGGUGGAGAUGACGGGACUGAGUCCGCGGGUCAUCCGGGUCUGGUUCCAGAACAAGCGCUGCAAGGACAAGAAGAAGUCGCUGCUGAUCAAGCAGCUCCAGCAGCAGCAGCACAGUGAUAAGACUGUAAGCAUCUUCAACCUGCAGGGACUGACUGGUACUCCGCUGGUCGCCGGAAGUCCAAUCCGACACGAAAGCACGGUGCAGGGGAACCCGGUGGAGGUCCAGACCUACCAGCCCCCGUGGAAGGCCCUGAGUGAGUUCGCCCUGCAGAGUGACCUGGACCAGCCGGCCUUCCAACAACUGGUGUCCUUCUCUGAAUCGGGAUCACUCGGGAACUCUUCGGGCAGCGACGUCACAUCGUUAUCCUCGCAGUUACCGGACACCCCCAACAGUAUGGUACCGAGUCCGGUGGAGACGUGAACCCCUCUUUCCGCCAGAGCCCCCCCUCCCCUCCUGCUGCCCUGCAAGUCCAUUUGCAGCAUGACCCCCCCUGCAUGUGACCAUCACACCACCGAGAGAAGAGUUUUUCCCCCUCUGGAGGAGCUUUACUGUGGAUUUGCAUGAGAGAGAGAGGAGAUGUACAGAAGAACCUCUCCAUGGAUUUACACCAGACCGGAACCAUUUUUUUUUUCCAGAACCGAACCCUUCGACGUCAUUGUGAUCAUUUUGUGUCUCGUUUCCUCGACGAUUUGUUUUUUGAUACUCGAGCAUGAAAAGCCCGUCGUUACUUCUUCAUCCUGUAAAAUAACGUCUUCAUCUUAAAUGUGCAGCUUGUUGGAGCUUCUCGGACAAAAGAAAGUAAAUUAUUGUUAUAUUAUUUAUUGUUAGGGAAGAUUCGUAAAGGGAUUAUUAACUGAUCAAGACAAUAAAAAUGGAUACUGAAACAGUCUUUGCAGAUUUCAUCCACAACCUUUGACGAAAUUUCGUUCGAGUUCAUUGAAAUUCUGCGUCAAAUCGAUCAGAGCAGUGAAAGCUCGCAUGAGUAACCGAACACGAUGCUGAUAGAUACACAAAACAAAUGCAGGAAAGCUACAUUUCCGCUCGAAAAUAGAUAUAAAUAUAACGAAUAUAAACAAAAUAAUUGAUCCAGAAGAGAGGAAAUGUUUAGGGUAGUUUCUUAAUUCACGAUUUAAGAUACGAAAGAAACAUUUGCCGGCGUUAAUAUAGAAAUAUUCCGCGUCUAAACAUUACAAGAACCCGAGAAAUAUGAUUUUGAUUGCGAAGUAAUUCAGUAAUGUAAAUCACAGGUGCAAUGUAUUACCGUAAUAACAGUGCAAAAAACGGUCUGCAUUACUGCAGAACCAUGAUUAAACACGCAAACUGUUCUGUUUUUUUUUAAAAACACUUCAAGUAAAUCGUCAGAAAUGGUCCUGAAUAUUAGUAAUCAUGCGUGAAAUUUGUCUAUUGUCAUUUUAACCUAUCAGCUCAGACUCACUUACUACCUCACUUACCUUUCUUAAAGAACAAAAACAAUUUAUAAAGACAAGAUACUCAUCGAAAAAUGUGCACUGAAAUACCGUUUUCCUCCAAAGUAUAUCAAUGAAAGUAAAUAUUAAACCUGGCUAACGGUGUUUUACUAGCAGACGCAAAUUGCAACUUCAUUUUUCCGAUAUUUUUUCAGCUUGAUAUUUUAAAUUCGGAAAGCCCCAAUCUGACUCGAUGGCUACCAGGAAUUGCGUAUAAUACGUGACAAAAAUAUCAGUAUAUUGAUCAUAAUUCAUAAUUGAACAAACCAGUGGGGUUGAAAUGCUGCACAAG